GCGUGAGCCCCGCGUCCAAUCAUCCCUGAAAGCCUGUUGCACCUGCAUCUCAGCUCCUCUAGGAGGCUUUUAUUGGUGUCCCAGUCAGAUGCCGUUUCCACGAAGAGGACAGGCUCAUCCGCGACCUCAAGGCUUGUGUCCGACUCUGUGGGAUCUGUACACAUCCUGGCGGUAAAAGCCCCAAGUGAUCUGCAUGUCUUGAACCAGCUAGUUACUAUUCUGUGAUACCGUCAACUGAAUGUACGACGAUCACCUCAAAGAAACUGGAACAUAAAAGCCGCCGCACCACCCGCUCCACUCCAUUGAAACCAACACCAACAACAACACAACUAUUACUACCACCACUACAAUCCAUCUUUUCCAACCACAUCUCUUUCCACAUCACUCUACUUUCCUCUAAAUAUCCCAUCUCAUCCCAGUGCCCCAUUGAUUGACUCAAAUAAACGAUAACAAUGAAGCUCACCACCACCAUCACCACCCUCCUGCUCGCUGCCGCCACCACCACACUGGCCCUGCCCACGGCCCAGCCCAACGCUUACGCCCGAGCCCUCAAGCCGUUUCAGAUCACCGGCCUCACAGCCAAAAUUCUAUCCGAUAUUGACUACGCCUCCUUAACCCUCAACCUGGUCGACCAGAACGCCAACAACACGGCGACCUCCUGUACAUGGUGGUGGCACACGGAUAAAGAGGUGCUCACCACCAACGUCUGGAAGUGCGAGAAUACCAACUACGGCCUCCAGUUUCCAGACGGUAUGAAGUCGAACAUCGACGAUUUUACCCUGCGUGUGGAGACCACAUCCAGCGCCACGGUGCAGGAGGCUGGAGAGGUGAAGCUCGACGCGUCAGCAAGCGGUUCAAACUGGGUCUGUCAGCAGAACCCGACAGAAAAUGUGAAGGAGCAGUGCACGUACAAUGGGGAGUUGGAUAUCCCUGUUUAAAGGGCUUCAUCCGGUUGGGUUGGUUCGGUUCUCUCUCGGCAACUUUCCUAGUUCUGCAGAAGCUCGACCUCGUUGGGGCGAUGACACAUUCCUUUUAUUAUUCAACUUAGUAGUGAUACAGAAAGCAACUACAGAGUAGCUUAUAACUCUGUUUCCUGAUUCCUA